AUGGAAUCAUUGCAGGGAGAUCUCAACUCCGUCAAACAGACGUUGACUGUCUUUACAACUAUUGUUCAAUUGCAACAAUUGCAACAAAUUGGAGGGAUGAACGUGAUUCCACGAGAGAAAAAGAAAGCGGUGGAAGACUUGCAAAUAAAACUCAAUGGCGUCGUCACCUCUUGCGAGAACAUCCAGCGCAAGACCAAGCGCAAGGAUAAGCAGCCCAAGGAUAAGCACAAGGACAAACAACACAGGGACAAACAGCACAGGGAUAAGCACAUGGAUAAGCACAUGGAUAAGCAAAACGACAGACGCAAGGCCAGGCAGCACGAGUUCAAAGAUCACAAGGACAAGCGCAAUGACAAGCGCAAAGCACGCGAUGAGCAAAAACGCGUCUUGCACGUAAUGAUCGAUCUCAGGUCCAAGCAGCUUAAGGUCACCAACGCAUCGAGAUAA